CGAUUGUCUAACGAAUUGCGCGCGCAAGUAUGUUAUUAACCGAGAUAUUUUGCAGGAAACGGCGUUUGAGAGUAACACAAGUAACGAUCACAUAAAAGUUUUAAUGCUCACUGACCAAAGAGUACGAGGUGUUUUGUGCCAGGUAGAUCACAAAGCAAAAUCGGGAGAGUAAAUGUUACCCGAGUGAAUUGUCAAGUGCAGAUACGAUGGAGCAAUCUUUCAUUACCACUAGAGCCAAGGCACAGAAAUUGAUUAGUUUAAAUGAAAGUAUGACCAAAUCAAGGGAUGAAAAUAAACGAUCAGUGAGAGGAAAAAGAUCUGUGAAUGUAAAGAGUAAUUCGGAAGUGACUACUGGGCAAAGCACUAGAAAAAAGACAACUAAUGCAAAAUCAACACUUAGCAAAUCUAAAAAGAAGAAGGCAUCUAGCCGGAAUUUUAACAUAGUCAAGGGGGCAGAAAGUGAGAGUAAAGCACACAAAAAUGAAAGUUGCAACGAAUCAAAGAGAUUAUCGAGGAGUAACGCUAAUGUCUCCACGAUCCAAUCUACAGACGAUAAUCUCUUUCAGUGGACUGAUUCGGCGGAUUUGAAUAAAACUCCUAAAAAGGUGCAACAAAAAAUGAUUGUGCCAAGUGUAAAUGAACAGUCUGGUAUGGUCACUCCUAAGAGCACGCCCAUCAAGCUUAGUCUUACGCCUCACAGAUCUACAAAGACACCUAAAAAAUCACCAGUUUCUUUAAGCUCUCCAAAGACGCAUUCAGUGUCGGUCUCGAGACUAUUGAAAACCCCGAGAAAGUUGUCCCUUACGCCUGGGGAGAAUUUGUACAACAAUGAUUCCAGCAAUAAGUUACGGAAGGCAGAAAAGGACAGCCUGCGAGGUAUGUCCAAGGAACGUUCGCCAGCGUCAUCGGUAACAAAGAGUAAACGCGUAAUGUCUAGCGCAAAGCUAAAGGGUAUUACGCACAGAUUCUCAAAAUCUCCAAAAAUUGUACUGAGGUCCCCAUCAAAAAAGUCGCCUAAAUCGAAUGUAUCCGCACAUAAGAGAAAGAGACCGUCGAAGAGGUCUUUCGCAAGUAGCGGCACCUCGCCAAGUCUCGGUGAAUCGUCAAGUGACAGCAGAAAUUUAUCAGCGGACAAGCAUCGGUUAUUGAAUUCGAAACUGGCGAAAUUAUUGACGGCUUCGCAGAUGAGAGACGUACUAGCGGAACCGGUAGUGUUACUGAGGAAGUUGUCGCUCGACAGUAAGUCAGAUACGCUUACGAUUGCUGCUGGCAGUAAUCGGUUAAAUCGUUCGAUCGACGCAGAGAGCAGUACAUCUGCCGAAGCGUCAGACGCGUCUGCGGGGGAAAGCUCUCGUCGAAGUUUCGCCGCUAAGACGACGAAUAGGUCCGCUGGUAAGCUGUCCUCGCCGACGCGAGGAGAGAACAAAACACCUUUGAUGUCGUCCACUCCGCAAGAGGAGAAGACGCCGUUAGCACGAGCAAAUCCGAUCUUUGAUACAUCCACCCUGUCGGUGGUACAAGAUGACACGGCAUAUCCGAAUACCAGGUCGAGGUAUACGAAUCAGUCUGGCAUAUACGCUGCACUGGCCAUCCAAGAUGUGUCGAAGAUGCCUUCUCUAUUGGACGUGGAUAUAUCGGAGAACGUUGGCGAUACUCACGGUCAAGCUCACGCUGCGAAUACCGCGCAACAAGACACCGUUCACGACGUCGACCAAGUGACUGAGCUUAAUAAAAGCCAAAACAGCAAGAGAGAUGUUACUUACGAACUGAAGGAUCCGCAGACACCGGGUCUACGACAGAUGAUCAGAAAACGUACUGCCGUGAACGCCGCAGACGCAAACUUGCCGAGCGCUAAGAAAUUCUGCAGAGUACGCUUUGCAAAUAUAGGAUCCGACGGGAACAGUGUGCAUAAUUCAAUCAGCAAAUCAAUUGGCAAUCGGCAGUCAAGCGUGACGCGCAACAGCGGCGUACAGAGGAAUAUUGCAAUUAUGAAUUCAGCACACAAAUCGAAAAGAAUCGAGAUUCGUAAAUUCAGCCACGAAUCAUUGGCCUCUCCGUUGAAUGCGAAAUCAAGUUCGAGGAUGAGCACCUCGAGAGGAAGAUUGCACAGUUUUAACGCUGCGAGCCUGAGUCUUGGCAAAAUUCAAGCCACACCAAAGAGACUCGAAUCGGUUGGAAAGAAUUCUGAGAAAAGAUCGUCGGUGAAAAAAGUGCCAAACUUCAAAAGAAUGCAUGAGAAGAUGUUUGCCAAGUCUGAAUCAGUCGUGGACGCAAAAAAGCGUUUGGAAAGCAGACAUCUGGAAUUUGCGACAAAGAAAGUUCUUUCCGAGGUAGAUGCAAAAAAAGGCAUGAAGCUAUUGCCCAGUGACACAAGUAACGGCACGUACAACAGAUUCGGGUUCAAGUUGAGGAAGGCAGAAGCUACCCAUGUCAUAUUGAAGAAGCAAACUGUUUUCUCGAGACAGAAGCAACAACAUGAAACGCGGACGGUGCUGAAGAGCGUACGGACGAAUCGGCGCUUUGAACUGCAAAUGAAGGCUCGCAAUAUAAACCCGAUAUAGAGCACGAUAAUGGUAUGAAUUAUUAUACUCUUUCUCUCUCUCUCUCUCUCAUCGCUAAGAUAUUUUUUCUUUUGUACCAAUUGAAAAACUACUGUUGUAAAAUCAGUUGAGACUGUUGUAUAAUCAACAUUUCCCGUGCUUUGAUCUGUCUCAAGUUCAUUGGCAUAGCAGCAUAAUAUCGUAAGCAACACUUUACGUACUGUGCGCUAUCUAUAGUGCUACUUCUGUUUUAAGGAGGAAAUAAUUAUUUCAUUUUUUCCAUAUACACACAUACACACACAGAAGCAACUUGUAUAAUGUUGGCUUGUAAGAUAAUUUGGAAUAGUUCUUAUAAUAUACAUUUGUAUAGAUUCGUGCUGGCGGUGACUAUGCUUUCUUUUAGCUAUGCGUGCUUCUUUUUUCCUUUCUUGCUCUUGCUCAAGUAUGGACAAUCCAUAAAGAAAGAAAGAAAAUAGCAGAUUUAAUAUAUAAAAUUAUUUGCUGGAAAAAAGUUGAGAUACAUUUGGAAUUAUUGAUAUCAUUGUGAUUUGUACAUUGGGACAAGAAAUUGUCUGCUAGUUUAUAGCUAGUUUUUUUUUUAUUGAUUGUCAAAAAGCAUUCUUUUUUAAAUGUUGAGAAGAUAUUGAUGAAUUGUCUUAAGAUACUAAGUCUUCAUAUAGGUAAAUUCUGUCAAGUAUAGUAUAAAACAAUCAAUUUUACAUAAAAUGCCUUGCAGAAAGGUGUAAACCAGAAAAGAGAAUAAGUUUACACACACACACACACACAUUAAGUUCUCCACAAAUUUUUGUACUGAUGACAUACCGAUAUUAGUAUUUUGUCGAAUAAACUCAUAAAAACAUUUCUCUAAUAA